AUGGCCCAGCAAAGGACAUUGAAAGAGUUGGCAGUGCCAAAUCUUGACCAACAACCACUUUGCAUCCAAUAUCCACCGCUGGAUGUAAACUUUGAGCUGAAGUCGGGCCUCAUCAACUUAUUGACUUCUUUCCAUGGGCUGCCUGGUGAGGAUCCGAAUAAACAUUUGAAGGAGUUUCAUAUUGUCUGUUCUAGUAUGAAACCUAUUGCAGUGAGUGAAGAACAAAUUAAGUUGCGAGCUUUUCCUUUCUCCCUAAAGGAUGCAGCUAAAGAGUGGUUGUACUAUCUUCCACCUGGUACUGUUGAAACAUGGAAUGUUGGAAGCAUCAGGAAAGAGAUCUGUGGUAUAAGGAAAUAUACAGGAGAGUCUUUGUAUGAAUAUUGGGAGAGAUUUAAGCGGUUGUGUGCUAGUUGCCCUCAUCAUCAGUUAAGUGAACAGCUCCUCAUUCAGUACUUUUAUGAAGGAUUACAAUCACUGGAUAGGAGUAUGGUUGAUGUAGCCAGUGGGGGUGCACUAGUUGAUAAGACUCCUGCUGCAGCCAGGAGCUUAAUUUCUAAUAUGGCCGCUAACUCACAACAGUUUGGCAUUCGCCAAGAUUCUAUUCCACUACCCCAAUUAGCUAAUGAAGGGAGCACCUCUAAUGCUAAUCAGCUGGGUCAACAAUUGGCUCAAUUAACUGCAGUGGUACAACAACUAGCUUUAGGCCAACAAGUGAGGCCAUGUGGAAUCUGUCAAGUUGUGGGGCAUGCUACUGAUACUUACCCUACUCUAUUUGAGGGAGAAACUGAGGGUGUUAAUGCUGUAGGAAAUUUCCCUGGUCAAUUACAUCAGAUGUAUUAUGAACCCUUUUCACAAACUUAUAAUCCUGGCUGGCAUGAUCAUCCAAAUUUUCGUUAUGGGAAUCAACAACAAGUUGCUCCACAGUCUACAUCUGCGAGACCACCUGGUUUCACUUUGCAACAGCGGUCUCAAAAUAAUUUUGUACCUAGACCAUCACAAGCACCGCAAGCUGCUCCACCACCAAGUGCCAAACCCUCUACUGAGGAUUUAAUCAAUGCCAUUGCUACAAAUACUCUUCAGUUUCAGCAAACCACCCAAGCUUCCAUCAAAAUUUUGGAGAAUCAGAUGGGGCAAUUAGCAGCAUCAUAUAACAGGUUGGAAGCUCAUCUUUCUAAUAAAUUUCCUUCACAACCUGAGAUGAAUCCCAAGGAGAAUGCUAGUGCAGUAACUUUGCAAAGCGAGAUGCAAUAUGAUCCACCUAGUCCUCCAAUGCCUAGUAAAUUUUCAUCCAACCCACAAGUUGAUUGUUCAGUCAAUGAAGAUGUUCCUUCACAGCCAAUCACCCCUACACAACUAAACCCUAAGCUUACUUUCGUCAUCCCACCUCCAUUCCCAAGCAGACUAAAAAGGAAGAGGUUGACAAGGAAAUUCUUGAUACAUUCCGAAAGGUAG